GUGUGACUCUGAAACGGAAACAAGCACAAUAAACACGAAAUCGACUUCAGCGCCAAACAGGAAAUUGUGGACGUCUUAUGGUCACGUGAUCCUUUGCUUUUGCGUUUUUCGGGUACCCUGCUUUGAACGCUAGUGUUAAACACGUGAUAAAUCCUUACCGCUUCAACUUUAAGCAUCUGAACGUCACAUACGCAUUUUCGUCCCGUAAGUGUCAUACUUUUAAGCCUAAAGUUUGAGGAAACGAAUAUUUUUGGUGCACUGUGGUAAAGCAAAGUGCCUGAGCGAGGGGCUCGAGAGCGGUUGCUGAUUUGUGUCGGUCUGAGGCCGUUUGUGAUUGAUUUUCUGUCUGUGUUUCGCAGUAUUAUUGGUGCGCAAAAGCCUGUCAGUUUGAUACAGGCGUCUAAAACGUUUGAUUCGAAUCGCGUUGCAAACCAGCGGACCCCGUAUCGUCGGGCCAAAGUUCAUUACGUAACUUUGCGCGGACUUCAGUCGGGGCGUGAGAGGGAAAAUGGUACUGUCGCCUUGACUGAUUCGCUACUCGUCAGCUGUUCGGAGCCGACGGAAGUAGGUGCUGAGAUGGCUCUUUCGUGGUGCCUUUCGAGAUGGAAACUGUGGAUUCAGUUCGUCGUCGCCAUCUCAUACGGUCUGGUCAUCUUGGUCGUGGUUCCACUGAUCAGUGUCCAGCUGAUGAAAAACGGAGCCAGCGCGGACGUUCAAGCGUGGUUCAGCAGCGGUGUUUUUGUGCUACUGACUCUCCCGAUCACGUUCUGGGAGAUCAUUCAGCACAUACUGAACUACACGAGACCUCAUCUGCAGAAGCAUAUUAUCAGAAUUCUGUGGAUGGUGCCAAUCUAUUCAUUGAACUGUUGGUUUGCCCUGACGUGGCCCAAGUCCGGCAUCUACCUCGACACCAUCCGAGAGUGUUACGAGGCGUACGUAAUCUACAACUUCAUGGUGUUCCUCCUGAACUUCCUCCACCGUGAGCUGGAAAUGGAGAUCACCCCGGACGAGCACAGACCCUCGGUCAAGCACAUCUUCCCGCUCUGCUUUCUGACGCCCUGCCCGGGUGGAUUUCGCUUCAUCGCCUCCUGUCGCCACGGCAUCCUGCAGUACACCGUCGUGAGGCCACUGACGACCGCCCUUGCCCUGGUGACUGAAUUGUUUGGCAAAUACGGAGAAGGCAAAUUUGACUGGGGUUACUCCUACCCCUACAUUGUGGUUGUCAACAACCUGUCGCAGUUUGUUGCAAUGUACAGCUUGGUCCUCUUCUACAAAGCGUACCGCAGCGAGCUCACACCAAUGUCGCCCAUUCCCAAGUUUCUGUGCAUCAAGGCUGUCGUCUUCUUUUCGUUCUUCCAAUCUGUGAUCAUCUCACUUUUGAUCUACACCGGCAUUGUGUCGGCAACGUUUGUCACCCAGGGAGGUGGCGUGGGUGACGUGAACAGGGGACUUCAGGACUUCCUCAUCUGCAUCGAGAUGUUCAUCGCUUCGGUGGCCCACUACUACGCCUUCUCGCACGUGCCGUACGUUGACCCCAGCGCCCGUCCCGUGCCGUGUUGCCUCUCCUUCCUGGCCAUGUGGGACGUCUCGGACGUCACGCAGGACGUCUCCGACCACAUCCGCCACGUCGGCAAGACCGUGAAGAACACGGUGCAACGCAAGCCAGAUUAUUUCACCGAGCGCAAACUCCUGCUGGGCAGUUUCUCGGACGACACUUGCGUCAACGCGGACGAGCCGACGGACUUCCUGAACGACCGGCCGUCGAGGGGCGGAUACCUGAGCAUCGCCGGGACGUCCAGCCGUGCCUAGCGCGUCGGUACCUGCGACAGAGUCUCCAUUCGAUCGAGUUUUUUACAUUCCAGACGAAACAGUGGCAAAGUCGCUGGAAAAAGUAGACGAAAGACUGCUUGAUAGGAUCUCGAAAGUUGCGCCUGGUGGACGGCGACGCAACAGUCCAAACAAACCAAGCAUUUGUGUAUUGUUAAACUUGCACAUUGUUUUGUUUGGCUUGUGAUCCUAUCACAGGGAUGGUGGACGACUCCACUAGUGGCAUCAUCUAUGUGAAAAGUUGUGAAUCGUGUAGCCUGCUUCGCUGCGUACUGCUCUUUACAGUCGCCAACGAUGCAGUCGGUUAUCUCGGUGUGCGAUCAACCUAACACACCGAUAGCCGCCGAAAAUUGUCCUCGGUAAGGUUGUCGUCUGCAGUGGUGCGAGAUUAUUUCUCGGCACCGCAUGCAGACUCUGACACGCGUACGGUUGUUUGAAUGUUAUGCUAAAAAGUGAAAAAGAGGUAGGAAACUGUAUGGAUUUAAUAUACAAGCAGGUGUGUUAGUGGCACCAUGGGUGCAAGACUUUUCUUUUAAACCAGUUAUCUAUGAUGAAAACAGCUCAAACGACAAAGUGGAGAAACAAACAUGACGAGCUGUCUUCAUCAUGUACGUUUACCAAUUCGCUACAUUAUUACAGAGAUAUUUAUUGCUGUUAGAAACCAACCUGGGAAAGCGACCCAAAGUUGAUUGAUGUAUUGGCCAAAAGUGGCAUUUGACAUGUUCACUCCGAAUACCGGCAAAUUUAAUGUUUUCUUUUGUGGUCCUCCUGUACAAUUUGCAUGUAUAUUUGCUCUUUUAACAUGUUGCAGGGUUGGAUGACUUGUUGCUUUAUAAGCAGCUCAUUGUCUGUUGCCAAUGUAUCCUUCCAAUGUUUUACGUGGCACUUUUUACCUUUGGAAAACAAUCAGUCACAUUUUAUCGUACACACAACCAUUUUAGUUGCACAAGAGAAGUUAUUACAGGCAUGGGAGUUCACAUCGCGGGACGAUGACUGCCUUUUUGGAGUUGUUCCUAAAUAAUUAUGAUGCUUAAAGGUUACUGUUUUCAGACGGGGUAGCUGUGUUCACAGUGUUAAUCCUUGCACAUGCUAGCUUUUAUUUUAGCUUUACAUCCUUCAAUGUCUCCCCUUGCCAAUGUGAAUAUGUGGCACCAGUUCUUUUUUAUGAAACACUAUAAUAUGUUGUAACUCUUGACCCUAGUCAUUCCAACAAUUCAUGUAAUAUAUUUGCUAUUUAUUAAGUGUACGACGUAACGAGAGAAUGUAACCGAGUGCCUUACGCUGUGCUUGUGCAUCUAUCAGAUAUAUUGUUUGUUUCUCUUUUUAAGUAAAUAGAGUUUGAAAACAC